CGUAUAGCAUCGUGCAUCAUUUACAUUUUGUGAGAGGUUCUUAACACUCCUCGAGCAAACACUGUUGCUCACUUUUGUUCGUGAUUCAUUGUGCAGUUCUUCUUUGUUACCUUUGUGUAUUUUCUGUGAUUUGUGGGAUCAAAUUCAUCGUAAAUAAUGCGCGAAUGCAUCUCAGUGCACGUGGGUCAGGCGGGUGUGCAGAUCGGAAACGCCUGCUGGGAACUGUACUGCCUCGAGCACGGAAUCCACCCAAACGGCCUGCUCGCCGGCGACAACCCGGUACGAGCCGACGAUGAGUCGUACAACACAUUCUUCAGCGAAACGAGCCAGGGGAAGCACGUGCCGCGGGCGGUGUACGUGGAUCUCGAGCCCAGCGUUGUAGACGAGGUACGGACUGGCGAGUUCAAGCAACUGUUCCACCCCGAUCAGCUGAUCAGCGGGAAAGAGGACGCUGCCAACAACUAUGCCAGGGGACACUAUACCAUCGGGCGGGAAAUCGUCGACCACGUGCUUGAUAAGAUUCGCAAAAUGGCGGACCACUGCGCGGGCCUGCAGGGAUUUCUCGUAUUCCACAGCUUCGGCGGCGGAACCGGAAGUGGCUUCUCGUCACUCCUCAUGGAACGCCUCUCUGUCGACUACGGAAAGAAAUCGAAACUGGAGUUCGCCGUGUAUCCUGCACCGUCGAUCUCCACGGCGGUGGUCGAGCCGUACAACUCCAUCCUGACCACACACACAACGCUGGACCACUCUGACUGCGCGUUCAUGGUCGACAACGAGGCCAUCUACGACAUUUGCCGCCGUAACCUGGACAUAGAGAGUCCCUCGUACCGCAACCUUAACCGCUUGAUCGGGCAGAUCGUCUCCUCCAUCACCGCCUCCCUCCGUUUUGACGGCGCCCUGAAUGUGGACCUGACGGAGUUCCAAACGAACCUUGUGCCGUACCCGAGAAUACACUUCCCUCUUGUGACGUACGCUCCAAUUUGCUCAGCGGAGAAAGCAUUUCACGAGCAGAUGAGCGUCCAGGAAGUGACGAACGCGUGCUUCGAGCCGGCCAACCAGAUGGUAAAGUGCGACCCGCGGCGGGGCAAGUACAUGGCGUGCUGUAUGCUCUACCGGGGUGACGUGGUUCCCAAAGACGUCAACACCGCCAUCGCAAAUAUCAAGACGAAGCGCAACAUCCAGUUUGUAGACUGGUGCCCUACUGGGUUCAAAGUUGGAAUCAACUAUCAGCCGCCUACUAGCGUACCAGGCGGUGACCUUGCCAAGGUGCAGCGUGCCGUCUGCAUGUUGAGCAACACGACCGCCAUCGCCGAGGCGUGGUCCCGUCUGGAUCACAAGUUCGAUCUGAUGUACGCCAAGAGAGCCUUCGUGCACUGGUACGUCGGAGAAGGUAUGGAGGAAGGAGAGUUCACGGAGGCGCGUGAGGAUCUGGCGGCUCUCGAGAAGGACUACGAGGAGGUCGCCGUCGACAGCGUCACCGACGGGGACGCCGCCGACGACGACGACGAGUAUUAGAAACAACCGUGCCGUACGAGCGGGCGUGGAGUUGUGGCGGUGUGUUUAGCGUUGUAAGCAGUCGGAGUUUGUUUUUUGUAGCGUAAUAUUUGACAUAUCUUACGAUAACGUUCGACCAUUUAGGACUUCAUCCAGUCAUCGUGUUUACUGGUAAGGCAUUGGUCAUAUUGUUUGCUUAAAACAUCACCUUAAAUGACUUACUGAUGUUAACUGUAUGUGCCAAAUUUGUAUUGUUUAUUUAUUUGUAUGUGUAUUAUUUUGUGAUUUCAUGUAAACAUUCAUAUUGAAAACCGCGCUGUUUGCUCACAGUGCAAUGCACUGCCCUCUUGAAGCAGUUGAAAACAACUAUGAAAUGGAGCUAUAUUAUAAAUAGACGUUUAAUAUUAAAAAGUGUUUUUUUCUUCAAAAUUAACCAAUUGGUAUUCAUGGUUUUGCGACCACUGAUGGAAAUUUAAUGAACCUGUGAAUUGAAUGUUCUCAUUUUGACGUCGCCGUACAUACCCUCAGUGUGGUAAUUCACUCGAUUCUCACUUUUUCAAAUUUACACGAAUAUACUUGCUAUUUCGGAGCUAUUUUAUACAACAUAAACUGAAAAAAUUAUUAAACUUUGCUUUGUCAGCAUGCUGCAAGUUGGAAACAAUGUUUACAUAGCACAUUUUUAAACUUUGUUUCAAGAUUGACAAAACACGUAUUAAUGUAUUUCGUCAGCAAUUUUAAAGCACAUAUCGGUCACGUUGUUACCAUAUUGGAAAUACCUUAGUUAGAAACCCUAUUGAUUAUUUCUAUAUAUGUCCAUGACUGUGCGUAUUUUUGUUUUGUUAACAGUUGUUGCGAGUGUAUUUUAGUUACUGUUAUUGAUACAACUGCUGUACUGUGCGCCAUAUUUGAAAUAUACUUGCAUUUAAUUGUAAUCACUUUGAAAAUAGUGAACUUGAGAGUGCGUUUUUCAUAUGAUGACAUUUCCUUUAAUACCGUGACUAGGUGUGCAAAUAUAAUCAAUAGCGCGCGUGCUUUUAACUGAACUCAUAUACUGCUGAGCCGGUAUCCAAAAAGCACUUAAGAGAUAUCUAAUUUAUUAAAUGAUCAGCAGAAAUUGUCAUGGCUUUCUCCGUUGACUUCGAUUAUAACAACAAAUCGUAUUUUAAGGCCCGUCUUAAGUUACAAUGUUACUUAAGAGCUUUCUGAAUACUGACCAUUGUUGAGUAUUAUUUAUGCUUUGAUAAAACAACUCGGUUGUUUAUUUUGCCAUUUGUAAGCAUGCAAUAAACAUAGAAAGAGA